UAUUUACCACUAUCAGCACGGAGACACGAGAUUCUACGAUACGCGGUCAGGAAGAAACGAUGUCUACAUGACGGGUAUUGCUGAUAAAUCAGAGAAGCUUGUCAGGCGAGGCGUGCAGGAGGUCUUUGCGGCUCUGCGCAUCUUCGUGGACUUCCUCCUCAUCCUGAUCCUGGAACUUCUCCGUUUCCUCGCUUACAACGUCUUUGGAUUGCUCUUUGUCGGCCUUCUGACGACAUUUGGUGACUAUUUCUUCAAGCCCGUCCUGGCCGCGAUGUUCAACAGCAUUCUUCAACCUCUGGCUGUGUUUUUGUACAAUGUCGGCAUGGCGCUGAAGACGAUUUUCGGACCGUUGAUUGACAUUUUUAGGGCGCUGUUGAUACAGUUUGCAAUGCUCCUGAGAGCUUUCCGAUUGGUGGAAGUAAACUGGAGGGCGGGGCCUCGUGACACAAGAGGCGUGGAGGAUGUUUAACCACGACCACCUAACAUACUUCAAAAUCCAGA